UCAAUCUAAACCAAAUCCACACACUCAAAACCAUGAAAAAAACUUCCAAAAUUGCAUAACUAACUUCAAUUCCACACUCUCAAACUUCCCUUUCUUUCCUCUCUGCUCAAUUCUUGAUUUUUUCUAUAAAGGCAUAGUAAUAUAAUGCCUGCUUUUACAGCUGCCACAGUUCUUUCACAGUUUUUUACUAGUGAUUCUGUUUCCACUCAUCAUUCUUGUUGUUUUUCAGCUAAUUCAAGUCCAUUACAUGUGAAUUUUUCACUUAGUAGUUGUUUGCUUAAAAGGGGUUGUUCGUUAAGUCCUAGAGUUUCAGUUUCUACUAAUAAUGCUAAGAUUGAUGGAGUUGAUCAACAAUCUUUGGCCCCUGAUGAGAUCAAACAAGAUCGGAAGUCUGCUGAUUGGAAAGCGGCAAAGACAUACCGUGAGAAGGGACACAUAUUCGAGGGCAAGGUUGAAGGCUUCAAUGGUGGUGGUUUGCUUAUUCGAUUCUAUUCUCUUGUGGGUUUUCUACCCUUUCCGCAAAUGAGCCCUUAUUACUCUUGUAAAGAACCACAAAAGACCAUUCAAGAGAUCGCAAGAGACUUGACCGGUUCUGUCCUCUGCGUGAAGGUAAUCCAAGCUGAUGAGGACAAAAGAAGGUUGAUUUUCUCUGAAAAGGAUGCUAGCUGGUCGAAGUUUUCUAAUCAAAUUAAUGUAGGUGACAUUUUCCAAGCAAGGGUCGGUUCAGUCGAGGAUUAUGGUGCUUUUGUUCAUCUGCGCUUCCCAGAUGGAUCAUAUCACCUUACCGGGCUUGUCCACGUCUCAGAAGUGUCAUGGGAUUUAGUUCAUGAUGUGAGAGAUAUCCUUACAGAAGGUGACGAUGUGAGGGUCAAAAUUAUAAAUAUAGACAGAGAAAAAUCUAGGAUUACUUUGUCAAUUAAACAAUUGGAGGAAGAUCCAUUGCUGGAAACACUGGACAAAGUAAUUCAUAAGGAAGCAUCCGUCGACACUAAUUCCUUGGAUUCGGAUGGUAACAUUGUUAUUGAGCCUCUUCCAGGGCUUGAAACAAUAAUUGCAGAACUAAUGCAAGAAGAUGGCAUAUAUGAUGUGACAAUUACUCGACAAGGAUUUGAGAAACGAGUCGUUUCACAGGAUUUACAGCUUUGGUUGUCGAAUGCACCGGCUUCUGGAGAUCAGUUUACGCUACUUGCUCGGGCUGGAAGACAGGUGCAAGAAAUACAACUGACAACAUCACUUAAUCAAGAAGGAAUUAAAAGGGCUUUGCAACGGGUCCUAGAACGUGUACCAUGAGUCGUAUCUAAGAGCUCCAGGAUUACAGCAAAACAUGUAAACCGCAAUAUAUAAAGUUAACGGGAGAAGCUCACAUAGUUCAUUAUUUCAAGUUGUCCAGGAAUUGUACAGAACAGUACUUCAAGAAGUUGUACAAAACAACACUUAUUGAAUCACAGUUUUCAGAUAUAGUUCUUAAAAACUAAAGGACCUACGAGCUGCCCCCUGCGAUUUGUGUUAAUAGACAUGAUAACAUGAACUCAUGCAAUUUCUUGGUACAUUGCUACCCAUGUUAAACUUGAUUCUUUUUUCUGCACUUCUUUGUUUACAGAAUUUGCUACUGUUUUGUUAA